CAAGAGGAAGGAGUGUCUGAUAAGUGUGUGUGGCUAGACAUUGGUCUGUGUGAACCGUCAGAAACGCUAAAGGGGAAUGCUUGACAAGACCGCUUCAUACGUCUUGUUUUUUCGUGAUGUUGUAAGACUGGAAUUCUACACUGUGCGCUACAGUGUAUAGAGAAAGUUAUCAGCCAGCAGUUGCGCGUCUCAUGGAUAUGUAAGAUCUGAGUAUAUCAUAAAUCUGGGUGUUGGUCUCAUGCAAGAGUUACAGCAGUAACUGCCAAAACAGUAUGAUGCAAUUGAACUAUUGAUGUAAAAUUGUGCAACGGUAUUUUAAUAGUGCUUUGUGAUUGUUUUUAUUGCGUAUCGACGUGUCACAGGGAACACACUCAGUUAGUGUAACUGCUCUGCUUUUUUAAAAAUUGAUAUUGUGCUGUAAACUAUUGAAACUUUACCAUUUUAAAGAUGAACGGGACAUUUUUGAACCACUCAAUCUGGGCACAAGGGAUCUUCACCAACAAAAGCCGGGACCUAGCAGAUUCCAUAGUGGGGUGCUGCAAUGGCAGCACCCCGGUCACCACAAGCGACGGAGGUUCCCUGGUCCUUGUGCCGGACGAACGGAAUCUUUUCAUCACCAGAGUGGUGCAGAUAGCGGUGCUGUGUGUUCUAUCAUUAACUGUCUUUUUUGGCAUUUUCUUCCUGGGCUGCAACCUGAUGAUCAAGUCGGAAAGCAUGAUCAACUUUCUAGUUAAGGACAGGAGACCUUCGAAAGAUGUGGAGGCUGUCAUCAUUGGCCUCUACUAGCAGUGUGCGGAGCUAGACUCCUGACUCAGUAUAAGGACCAGAUCCAGAAACUGGAAUAAAUGAAUAUAUGCAACGUCAGGUGUACUUUAUCCUGAAGCUGAAGUCAGAAAAAGAAGAACUUACUGGAAGAAUUGUCAUAAUUAUGCGGUCUGGCGAUCCAUGUAUGUUUUAUUUAUAAGAAAUAACUAUAAAAAUGAAUGGCUUCUGUUUUACUUUCAAUGUUUAAUAUGUAUAUGUGUUUGUUUUUUUUUUGUUUAUAAACCGCUUUCUCUUUCCUCGAGGUGAAUAUUAACCCAUCACGGGUCUGCUGAAAUGUUUACAUUUUUUAUUAUUAAUAUUAUUUAAAGGUUAAGCAUGCAGAAUUAUGUUUUUGUGCAUGGAAAUUGCUACCAAAAACCUAAGUACAGUAUGUCAAGUAUAAAGCAUUUUGAAGAGAAUGUAAUCCAAACCCGAGUCUAACGACUUUUGCACUUUUAUAAAGAUGUUCAGUGAAUGAGACAUCUAAAUAGUGAAGCAUGUUUAGCCAUUCCACCGAAAUGGAUGUUGUGCAUUGAAUUUCUUACCUAAGAUUUACACUUUGUACUCAAUGAGAAUUUCAGUUUAAGAAAGCAUGCUCAGUGCCUGUUAUAUUGUUAGUAAUGAAUCUGAACACUUGUCUUUUGCACUUUUAUGAAAAUGAAAAUGCAGCAUGUUUUUUUGUACAAAACUUGAAUGACUUGUAAAAAAACCAAAUGUUGCGGUUUUUAUCAGUAAAGAUGUUAAUGUUUUCA